AUGGGGAACUCGUUGCCUCCUCCUAAUCCUCAGCGGAAGGACAAAGACACCAAUGCGGUUGCAGCGCCUCGCCCGCCGCAACUCUAUCCGGAUUUGCACCAUGCAAUCCCAAGCGAGCCAGAGUUCGGGAAGCCGACAAGUCUUGGAGCCUCACCACAACCGUUUGCGAGGACACAGCCGCUUGUAAGACCAGGCACCAAUGUAUCAGCACCUAGACAGGCCGGCGGAAAUCAAAAAGACAAAUACUCUAAUCUUUUCGUCCCUCCGAAGAACCCUUCGCAGCGAGCAGAGCUGCACAAACCUCACGUGUCUACAAACCCAUUACAAGCAUUCCGAGCUAUUAAGAGCAGCAACAGCCAGCCUGCUAAACCAUCUUCGUCUCGUGCGCUGCCCCAGGAUGACGACGUCGUCGAAAUACCCAACCCUACAAGCUUUCCCAGAUGGCAACCGAAGCCUUUCGUUCAUCCUACAUUCUCCUCUCAGACAUCGACGAAUCCUUACUUUAAACCUCAGAAUGUUGUGGACCUCACACUGGACCGGAGCGGAAUGGCUGCGAAGAAUGAUUUCUUCAAGGAGGAGUCAUACUCGAAUGCGGAUCCUUACAUCUACAUGGAUUCAGCUCAAGCAAACGAGAACAUCAAAGCCCUUCUGGAAGGGGCGUUUGAAGAGGAAGAGGACAAACCGCGGACACGAAGUAGAAAGAAACCAUCCGAGACGAAGGUGGACGAUCUGGCGGACAAGAUCAAGAACAUGACUGUUAAAGGGGAGGACAAGACAGACGCAGACGACGAGGAGGAAGAGGAAGAGGAAGAGGAAGAAGACGGUACUGUCGUCGGACUCAAAGUCAAGCUUCUUCCUCAUCAGAUCGAAGGUGUCAGUUGGAUGCGCGACAAGGAGACGGGCACGAAGAAGACCAGAGGAGUGUUACCGAAGGGCGGCAUUCUGGCAGAUGACAUGGGCUUGGGAAAGACGAUACAGUCGAUAGCACUCAUACUCACCAACCCCAAGCCAAGUACCCAGGAGUUGGAGGCGACUAAGCGCAAACUGCCUGAGGGAAUCUGCAAGGGCACUCUUGUGGUGGCUCCGCUCGCUUUGAUCAAACAGUGGGAAGGUGAAAUCAAGGACCGGAUUGACGAAGACCAUGCUUUGAAGGUCUGUGUCCAUCAUGGACCCCAGCGAGCAAAGAGCUACAAGGAGCUCCUGAAAUACGACAUUGUCAUCACCACCUAUCAGACGCUCUCAUCGGAACAUGCAGGAUCCGAGGGCUCACUGAAAGUCGGGUGUUUCGGAGUGCAUUGGUACAGAAUCAUGCUGGACGAGGCACAUUCAAUCAAAAAUCGCAAUGCCAAAGCCACGAAAGCCGCUUGCGCCUUGAAUGCGGAAUACCGGUGGUGUCUUACCGGCACUCCGAUGCAAAACAACCUGGACGAAUUGCAAAGCCUAAUCCACUUUCUGCGGAUCAAGCCUUACGAUGAUUUGAAUCAAUGGCGGGAGCAAAUCACCAAACCCUGGAACAAUGGCAAGGCAGGACUCGCGCUUAGGCGGUUGCAGGUCUACCUGAAAGCCUUUAUGAAGCGGCGAACGAAAGACGUCCUGAAGCAACAGGGUCCUUCCAAGGACGGGAAGGGCCGGGUAGAAGGGAAGUCUCCUGGCUUCAAGAUUGUUGCACGGACUGUUGAGAAAGUCGAGGCCGAGUUUACAGACGCGGAGCGAGAGUUUUACAAGCGACUCGAAUCAAGAACGGACCGAAGUUUGGAGAUGAUGAUGGCAGGCAACAAAAUGAGCUACGCCUCGGCGUUGGUGCUUCUGAUGCGCCUCCGACAAGCCUGUAACCACCCCAAACUGACAGGUAGUGAUCUGAGCACCGAAAAUGACGCUUUGAGCGGCAGUCAGACACCCAGUCGAAGAAAAGCCAGUGUUGAAGAUGAUAUGGACAACAUUGCGAAUAUGCUUGGUGGACUUAGUGUGGAGACCAAGCGAUGUGAUGUGUGCCAGGUCGAGCUCAGCAGGAAAGAAGCUUCGGAGGGAGUCAUUCGCUGUGUCGAAUGUGAAGCAGAUCUGCGAAACUCGAAUGCACAAUUCCAGGAGAAGAAGAAAGCAAAGAAAGAGAGGAGAAUCCAGCAGGAACGACGAGCGGUUACAGCUCAGCGAAGAGUCGCCCGGCGUAUCGUCGAGGACAGCGACGAAGAAGAGAACGGAGAAGAAGACGCAGACGAUGCUUCCUCAUCUCUUGCAGAAGAUGGUACCGACGAUGAUGAAUAUUCUUCAGACGAGUCCGACUCCCAAGAGGCGAGCAUUUUCCAAUCGACCAAGAUCCGACGGCUCAUGUCCAUCUUGAAGUCGGACUCGCACCAACACAAGUACAUCGUCUUUUCCUUUUUCACGUCGAUGCUGGACCUGAUCGAACCGUUUCUGAAGGACAACCGCGUCCGGUUCGUGCGCUAUGACGGCAAAAUGCGCAAUGACGCCCGUGAGGCAAGCUUGCACUCUCUGCGAAGCGAUCCCUCUGUCCGGGUUCUGCUCUGCUCACUUCGGGCAGGAAGUCUCGGUCUGAAUCUCACGGCGGCCAGUCGGGUGGUGAUCCUGGAGCCGUUCUGGAAUCCGUUCGUUGAAGAGCAGGCGAUUGACCGGGUGCAUCGGCUGAAUCAAAUCCAUGACGUCAAGGUCUACAAGCUCACAGUGAAGGAUACCGUGGAGGAGCGGAUUCUCGAGCUCCAAGAGAAGAAGCGCGAACUAGCCAACGCCACCAUUGAAGGCAAGAAGGGAGCCAUGAAGCUGACACUACAAGACAUGUUGAAGUUGUUCGGUAGAGAGGCGGAAAGCGAACAUCCCGUUGAGGUGAACAGCGUUGAGAUGGGAUCGAGUCGGGGACGCGGACUCCUGGAGAGGACGACCACCUCGUCUAAUAAUACAGUUGCUACGGGUAGACCGGCCGGGGCUUACGGCUCUGGUUCCGGUUCCGGCAGCAAUGGGAGUGGUGGGCGCGAGAGGAUGCGUAUCAGCGAUGGGGCGAAGAAUCCUCGCAAGGAGCAUGAGAUUUAUGGUCGGAGAUGGUGA